CUAAACAAAGGCCGUAUAGCAGUUUAAAAUUACGAUUCGGCAUGCUCUUCUAUAGCUACCAUUCGCUUUAUGUAAACAAGCAAGCGUAAUCUAGGUAGUUACACUGAGCUUCAAUUCUACUACAAAUUUUGUAUUAUAAAUCUAGCCUACCGCUUAGAAAACAGUCACAGAUGAUGAGUCAGUUAAAACAAGUUGUUGUGCUAGAUGGAGGUACCGGUACAACUCUAGCUGAAAUGGGCCACACAUCUAUUAAUGGUGACCCACUUUGGUCUGCGGCAGUCAUUGCUACACAUCCUGAAGACCUUGUGAGACUUCACAAAGAGUUUUACCUUGCUGGUGCGGAUGUGGUCCUCUCAGCCAGCUAUCAGUCCUCUGUAGAUGGUUUCAAAAAGAGGUUUGGAUACACUGAAACACAGGCGGUUGACCAAAUUAAGAAAUCUGUUGAGCUGGUCAAAUUAGCCAAGAAUGAGGCAGAGAUAAUAACUGGCAGACCUGGUUAUGUUGCGGCAUCUGUUGGUCCUUAUGGAGCUACACUGUGCGACAUGUCUGAAUAUACUGGAAGAUACGCUGAUGCUAUGUCUAGGCAGGAACUUCAAAGUUGGCACCUUCCAAGACUUCAGAUUUUAGUGGACUCAGGUCCUGAUAUUCUAGCCAUUGAGACCAUUCCUGUCAAACAUGAGGCAGAGGCCAUAGUGGACAACUUGAAGCAUUUCCCAACAACCAAAACAUUUGUCACUUUUCAAUGUAAGGACAACCAGCACACUGCUCAUGGGGAGAGUAUCCAGGAUGCUCUAAGGUCUGUGGCUCAGUGUGACAAUGUAGUGGCAGUUGGAGUCAACUGUGUGGAUCCCUCCCAUGUGACAACCCUGCUACAAGGCAUCAGUCAUCUCAAUCUAAACAUUCCAAUUAUUGUGAAACCCAAUGCUAGGCCACUUGAUGCCAAAAGUCGAUCUAGAAUUCAAUACAGAAUAUCUGACCACGUUCUUGAGUGGUUGAAGUCUGGCGCCAGCUGGAUAGGAGGAUGCUGUUAUGUAUCACCAUCUGAGAUAGCAGAAAUAAGAGAAACUCUGGCCCAUGAACCAAGUGUCAAGUUUCUUGAUAAGGGAGAUAACUUCAUUUAAACUCGGCCUAUUUCAGAUAUUCAUCAAUGCCCUUUUUUUUAUUUAUCAAAUCCCAGAAUGAGCUUUAAAAGUUGUGCAUUUCUUGAAUAUUUUGUAGUACUAUUUUUUUUCACAAUGUUGAUUUGUUUAAAAAUGUUAUAGAAAUAUAAACAGAAAAUUCUAAUUUAUUCAUCCCUACAUUUGAAUAUGAAACAAGCAGAUCUUACAUCAUUAGCAUGUGAUUUAUAUUCAGAUUUAUUCAUUCCAAAUACAUUAUUCUUCACAUUAUUUAAUCUUUGUAAUGAUUUUGUAGGGCACAGUAGCUGAGUGGCAAAGCACUUGGUUUCCAAAGUAAAGAGUCUCGAUUUCAAAUCUCAUUGAAUGCUGGGAUUUAGAACUUCUGGGUUAUUUAGAUGCCCCUAAGUAUAGGUAUUUAACCAUAGGUUGGGGAAAGUUAAGGGCUGUUGGUCAUUGUGCUGGCCACAUAAUGCCUUUGUUCACCCUCAGCUAUAGAAAGUACAUCAUCUGUCCCUAUAGAUCACAAGGUCCAAAAGGGAGGGGGUAGGUACUUUACUUUUUACUUAAUAGUUUGUUAGAUAGAUUGUUGUCAUUAAAAGUAGUCAUUAUGAACCUAAGUUUAAGUAUAAAUAUAAAUUUAAAAGCCCUGUUUGGGCACAUCUUGACCAAAGAAAUAUUUUUUAAUGUAGAUCAUUUUUAUAUAUGUCAUUUAAUAUUUGUACUUCUAUUUUUGUAAGAUAUAGCUAUAGUUUUAAUGUAUUAAAAAAAAAAGUUACAUUCACAAUAUUUAAAAUUUCUCUUUUGUUUUCCUGUCACCUGUGAUAUUUUAAAUAUAUUUGAAGUGACAUAAUAAACUUACUCAUGCAAAGUA